GUGAGGAGAAGCCAGGGAAAGGGGAAUGAGCAAGUUUAUGCGAUGUGUUGGCAUCUCCCUGCCCACCUAAAUUAGUCCUUUUCAGCAAUCGCGAGGGAAGGCACGAGCCGUAAACAUGCCCGGAGUCGUUUAAUGCCCAAGAACCCCCCACAACUACCGCCAACGCAUUUGUAGUGGCAUCGUUUUCGCUGGUUCCACCUACUGAGCGAGGCGGAAACUGCUGACCAAGCGCCGGGAGCAGCUCUAGACUGCUCGGAGUUCUUUCCUCGGCCGACCUGCAUUUGGAGGCGUCUGCUCGUGAAUGCUGAGAGAGGCACGACGCUCUUGGUCUUACUCGUAAUAGUGCAGUCCAGUGGGAAAGAACAGCAACAUGCCUCCCCGCAAGAAACCUGUCAAAGCAGCCGCAAAGCCUAAAAAUGAAGCAGAGGUGGAUUCUGAGGAAGAAGCUGCGGAGGUGAAGGGGGAGACCAUAGAGAAGCUUGCCCUGGAGGAGGACCUGGAGGAUGAGGAAGAUGAUGAUUAUGAUCCAGAGGCAAAAGGCAAUGACGAGGAGGGAUCAGAUGACGAUGGAAACGAGGAAGAGGAUGAAGAGGACGAGGCAGAAGAAGAUAUGGAAGAUGAGGAAGAUGAAGAGAUUGAUGAAAGUGAGGUAAAAGAUGUAUUAAAUGACAAGGGUGGAGAUGAGGAAGGGAAUGAAGAUGAGGAUGAUGCAGGAGAGAAUGAAGAAGAGGAAGAGGAAGAGGAGGACGACCAGGACCAGGAGGAAGAAGAGGAAGAGGAGGAGGAGGAGGAAGAAGAAGAAAAGCCCAAAGCCAAGUCCAAACCCAAACCCAAACCUCAGUCCAAACAGGUGCAGCCAAAAAAGCAAGCCGUGAAGACGGGCACAAAGAAAAGUGUUGCCAAACCACCUGUGGACAGUAUUGCAAAAGUUGUUUUAGAGGCUGUCAAGGCAAACACAGAGAGGAAAGGGAUUUCCUAUGCUGGCAUCAAGAAGUACUUAAUGGCACAGUACCCAGAUAGAGACUGGUCCAAAAAAGGACACUUUCUUAAAUCUGCUCUUAAAAAGGCACUUGAGGAGGGAACAAUCCUAAGAACAAAGACCAGUGCAGAAUCAGUAGGAGCACAUGGAAGGUUUAAGUUCAACAGGGAAUACAAAACACUUAACCAGGGUGAGAAGAAACCCAAAGCAGACAAAGAAGAAAAGAAUCCCAGGGCUAAAAAGGAAAGUGCAGCAAAGCCUGAUAAAGAAAAGGCAAAGCUUAAAGCAAAGGAAAACACACAGGGAACUAAAACUGGCAUUAAAAAGACCACACCCAAAGGGAAGACCAAAGAUAAGGCGGCACAGAAUGCCAAAAAAAAGGUGCCAGGCGAGAAAGAAAACAAAGUACCCCCCAAAGCCAGUAAGCUGAAACAGACCAAGAGUAAUGAGCUCGGGGCCACCUCCAAGAGCAAAGGGGCUGCGACUAGUGCAACAGGAACCAAGAAACCGGCCAAAAGGACCAAUUCAGAACCCUCAAAGGAAGAUACUAAGCCUUUACCAGCAUGGAUAAUUAAUCUAGUUGGACAAUAUUGGGUAAAGCCAGAGAUCAUGAGUGCCAACAUGCUUCCAGUGGCCAGUAUAGGCUGCAGCCCUGGGCCCUUCAAGCUUGGGGGGCUUGAUUUUGAAUACACUGUGAAUGACCUUAGAUGUGGCAGGAAAUUUUCAAUAAUUAGAAUACUUGUUUACCAAUUAGUUUCUCUGCCUGUGAGGUUCUCUGUGCCUGAUCUUGUGCCCAUUGAUCAUCCCUGCACGUGUGGCCAGGCCUUUACAUCUGCUAGAUCUUAG